CUUUGCAAUCAGCAUUGGAGAGCAUCUGAGUGCUCCUUCUCAUUAAUCUUGAAAACCUGCCGCAAACACACGGACACGCACUCGCAUAGCUGCUACUGAUAACCGAGCGAAGAUGUUCUGCAGACGGGCAUGGCAGAGAGUCGGGCCGCUGGCACGGAGGGCUUUCAAGCCCACACCCACGAACGCAGCUCCAGUGCGAUACAUGGCCUUUGGGGUUCCUGGUGGUUCCACCAACAUGGCGUACUUUGUUCUGUGUGGAGGAGGCCUCACUGCUGCAGUUGUCUAUGCCUACAAGACAGUCAGUGGUGAUAGUGAGCGCUAUGAGGACAGACUCUCCAACAUGGGCUCCACAGCAAAGGCUCCAGAGGCAGCAGCUCCGGUACGAGAAGCAGCAGAACCAGAGGCAGCGCCGACCACCGAGGUCGUCACCGAGUCUGUCGCUGCUGCUGCAGAACCAGUAGCAGAGACCGCUGCUGAACCUGUCGUCGAGGCCGUGUCUGAAGAAGAAGCAGCCGCCCCGGCCUCUGAGGUGGUCGCUACUGAAGCUGCAGGCGAGCCAGCAGUCGCAGAAGAAGCUGCUCCAGCUGCAGUGGUAGAGGAGGUUCUUGAAGCUACUCCUGUCAGUGUGGAAGUCGCUGCCACAGAGGAGACGCCAGCAGAAGUCCCUGCAGCAGAGAGCGCUGGUACGGCAGCAGUAGAUGAAGCUCCCCUUGCUGAAGCAGAGCCAGUCUCUGCAGUCCCUGAGGCUGAGGCCACCCCUGCUGCAGAGUUGGCUAGCCCAAUCAUUUUUACUGCACAUGGAGCUCAUCUAUACUCCGAUAUUAGGAGCGGUUGGAAUGUGCUUAUAUUCUAUAUUUCAAUUUCUCAGCCACUACUUCCUGUCUCUUCCUAUCCGUCAGAGUCUUUGCCAGAUAUGCUCACAGCUGUGAAGGUCUUGACCGGCUCUACAGUUGAGAUUGCAGCAGCUUCUGUUUGUGAGACGAGUCUUGUGAAAGCUGUCCGGAAAAUAGAGGGAGAUGGAAAAGGUUUGGACUCCACACUGGAGGUGGGAGAGCCCGAAGUCCAGGAAGCAACCGCAGAAGUGGUAGCUAAAGAAGCAGCUGAAGAGGCGACUGUUGUGAAUGAGGAGGAGGUGACGUCUGCAGAGGCUGGUGCUGAUGCAGAAGAUACAGAAGCUCCGGGUCCUGAAGACUUGAUUAAAGAGGAGACGUCAUCUUCUGUAGUAGCAGAGGAAGAGGCAGCUGCACCUCGGUCUGAGGAACCUGCAACUUCAGCCCCUAUAGUAGAGGUGGUGGGUGAGGUUGAGGCAGAGGAUCAGGCUCCAGUACCUGGAGCUGCUCCAGAGGAUGAGACGGAAGCCUCACUUGAAGAUGCUGCUCCUGCUGAGGAAGCUACACCAGCUGAAGAGGACGCCACCUCUGCCGAAGCUGCUCCAGUGGAUGAGACAUCACCAGAUGAGACGACACCUGCUGCUGAGACAUCAGUGGAGGAGGCAGCAGCUGAAGCUUCUGCAGUGGACGCCGUUGAAGCUGUAGCAGUUGUGGACGCGACUCAGCUGGCAGCCGCCUCCUCUGCGUCAGACCUGGAGCUCCUUUCAGCUGCUGCACCAGAAUCUACAUCAGAGGCUCCAGUACAGGAGGCCAAGCACUGCCACUCCUGCCACCCUGCUCCAUCAGCAGCAGAGGAGGUGGCGCCACCUGCUGCUUUGGGGGGGCAGCUGGCCAGUGAGGUGCAUGAGGCCAAGGAGGCAGAGUUACUGGUUGAAGGACAAAGUAAGAACAUACUGUAUGAACUGCCUGUCAAGUUUUUGAACACCCCAUAGUUCAGCAUUGUUAUGCUACUAUACUAUAAUGUUACACUUUUCUGUUCCAUGUAAAUGAAGUAAAUAGUGGUAGUAAAGGAUGACAGGACUUUGUUUUAAAUCAAGACCCUGGUCCCAAAGACUGAAGUAAGAUAUAAUUGUUUUUGUACUGUCCCUAACCACAUAUUAUAUUCAUUAUCUGGAUUCCAAAUGUACACAAUGUAGGUUUAACCCUGUUUUGAAAACGACUAAUGAAUUACACCCAAAGUUUUACCUUGUGUCCACCUGUAAGGCAAUACUUAAAAAAAUAGACUACGAUAAGAUAGGGUAGGGCGAGGAAGGUCGCCCUCAGAUCUAAUUUCUGUUCUUUCUUGACAGUAAGACAAGUAUAGUAAAAAUAUUCAGUCUGACAUCACAAAUCAUCAUGUGGGCAGCAAACACACUGACUUGUUAAACACAGGGGUGACUUAUUUUAUUUAAUGUGCCAGUGUCAGGGUUGUACAUGCUGGCUCACUGAAAUGGCAUUAAUAAUACACAAUAACUUGAACUGAGCCAUUGUUAACCUCGUUAGUUCCACCUGUGCAUGUCCUUC